CGCAAGGUUCAGAGGCGCCUGCGUGGUUGGGCUUCCUGUCUGUGGCCACAGGUGGCGCUCUCAGUAAUGGGGAUGUUGGUACGGCAACUGGCUGUGGCCCGGAGGGUUGUGCAGAGGGCGGUGAGCUCAGCGGCCGGCCACAGAGAGGUGCAGCUCACCCACCUGGAGGGGCAUGAGGCGGGCAUUGCAGAGAUUGUUAUGUGCCGGCCUCGUGUUAAGAACUCCCUGGGAAGAUUAUUUGUCAAUGAGUUCUUCCAUACUGUAGACAGUCUCCGACAUGACACCGGUGUCCGUGUGGUUGUGGUGAGGAGUGCAGUCCCCGGGGUGUUCUGCGCUGGCGCAGAUCUCAAGGAGAGAGCCAAAAUGACCAAUGCAGAAGUGUCCCUGUUUGUCCAAGACCUUCGAAGGUUAAUGAAUGAAAUUGCUGCCCUCCCAAUGCCUACAAUUGCAGCUGUGGAUGGCUACGCCCUGGGUGGUGGUCUAGAACUGGCGUUGGCUUGUGAUCUCCGCGUUGCUGCAUCUUCAGCUAAACUGGGACUGAUUGAAACUACAAGAGGAUUACUUCCCGGAGCUGGAGGAUCUCAACGCCUUCCCCGCCUGAUUGGAGUCGGUUUAGCCAAAGAACUAAUCUUCACUGGGAGACAGAUUGAGGGGACCAAGGCAUAUAACAUCGGACUAGUGAAUGAUGCCAUUUCACAAAAUGAAUCCGGGGAUGCUGCACAUAAGAGAGCCUUGGAGCUGGCCCAGGAAAUUCUGCCUCGGGCUCCAGUUGCUGUCAGAAUGGCCAAGCUGGCAAUGAACAAAGGAGUGGAGGUAAACCGACACAUACAGUAA